AUGAAUCGAAUCUUUCAUCCAAACAUUGACGAGAUGUCCGGUACUGUUUGUCUUGAUGUAAUCAAUCAAACAUGGACUCCAAUGUAUGAUCUCACUAAUAUAUUUGAAUCAUUUCUUCCGCAAUUACUUGCCUAUCCAAAUCCGGUGGAUCCGUUAAAUGGUGAUGCUGCAGCUUUGUAUCUUCACAAACCAGAAGAUUAUAAGAAAAAAGUUCGAGAAUAUGUUCAACGUUUUGCUACAGCAGAUGUGGCUGAUGGUUUAUCGACAACAAACGAUGGUCAUUCAUCAUCAAAUAAUCAAUCAAAUAGUUUAAAUAAUUCCAAUCAAACAAAUAAAAAUGAAUCAGAUGAUGAAAUAUUAAGUGAUUUUAGUGAAGAUGAAGCUGCGGAUAUGGAUUUAGAAUAA